AUGACCCAUGGAUAAGUCUAAAAUUUAGGGGCCUAUAGCAAAGGAUCUAAAGGAUGAAGCAAAGCAAAAUAAUGUCAAGGAACUUGCAAAAUUCCUGCAGACAUUUGUGCUUACUCUUAAGAUUGCAUGGAUGAUAGAUUAGAGGGUGUUGGUGCUUCACAUAUUAUACCCUUGCUUUACAUCAGGAGAUGGUUUCUUCUUUUAAAUAAGAGUUAAGAUACAGUACUUACAUUGACCUGUGGAUAAGUCAACUCAGGUUUUUUGGGUCAUUUUUGACCUAAAUUUCUAGACUUAUACAUGAGUAUUCAGUAGGUCAGCUUUGAAUGUACUAUACCCAAGCACAUAGGCAAGAACAUGCAGAGAAGCUGUCCUGUUUCUCCCACACCACCUUGCUUUAACUCAUUGUUUUGCAUAAUGUGCAGAGAUAGAUUAGCUUUCUCUGUAGAGACAAAUGUACAGUAUGCAAGUACAGUUACUUUCUGCUAUAUUACCACAUUCUCGGAAUAGCAUGGCCUGUUGCAGCAUAUGAAUACAUAGUGGUGAAAUAAGCAUUCACUGGUAGGUUCCCUGCUCAUUCAAGCAUGGAAAUGCCUUUCAUGAGUAAUGCAAUCAUUGAAUCAGCUCUGAAAAAACACAAACCAGAUGAACAGUUUUCAAAAGUAAUGGAAGUGAACUUGAACAGCAGUAGUGGUGAAUGAUUUGUUAAAAUUAUAACACAUAAUAGUGGGCAGGGACUGGAUAAUUGCUCUGAUUAUUCUACUAAAGCUUUAAUUGUGGAAUUAAAAGGCUAUUGAAUGGUUAACAGGCCUUGCAUUUGAGCUUGUAGAACAAACUUUGAGUGAUGGAAUAUCAGCUAAAUAAAAUUCUGCUUAUGUAGUCUUAUUAGAGUCCUCAAACAAUCCUCACUCUUUUGUUAUUGCAGAUAGGCAGUGUGCCUCUAAAAACUCUGCCAAAAUUAACAAGUUGAAUGAUUUCAAAAUAAGGAUAAAUUAGACCUUAGGAAAAUCAUAGUUUUGGAUGAAAGCUCCUACAAUAGGAAUUCGUUGCAGAUUUCUGGGAGUGGUGGUUCAAAAAAUAAUAUUCUCAAGUUCUGGACAUAAAAUGAUAAAAGAAGGUGCAGAGAAAUUUUGAAGAGCAAACAGUACUCUGUUCAAUGUCCUGUUAAGAUGGAAAGCAAGGCAUGAUGGUACUUACUUGCUCUCUUUUUCUGGUCAUCAUCUGAUACUCAAGAAUACUGUUCAGUUAUCUUUGUGGUAAGCACAAAUGAAAGAAGGAAAUGCUUUGAAAUUUGCAGUAAAUCUAAAUAAACUAUUAGUCUAUUAGAGGGCAUUGCUAUAAUUGGAGACCAUCUAUUUCAGAGCUACUUGUUACAAACUUUCAGCUUGAAGCAUGAGUAAUGACAGCCUAAAAAUGCUUAUUAGUGAGCCAGAAUGCAGUUUGGUGUUACUCCAUUCAUGGAACUACUUCUGUCAUUAGGAAUGUGAGGAGGGUGACCCUUCUUUCAGUCCCCCCAUCCCAUAAGUCUUCAAACCAGCUCCAGGAGUAGGAAAACUACUGGAACUGCUUUCACAUGGUGUUGCAGGUUUCCAUGGGGAGAGGAAGGAAGCAAGUUCUGUAAUACCCAAUAACAUGAAUUUGAAUGCAAGCCAUAGUUUGAUUAUGGCAAGGGAAGAAAGUAAAACCUCAAGGCAGGUUAGGUGUACCUUUAAAAACUAAGCUAAACUAAGUAUAUUUUUCUCUUUUUCCAGGCUCACCAAACAGAUAAACAUUGGACUGUCUUCUUCCUUAUACAGAUAAUAUUUUUCUGCAUAAAAAAAGUCUGGUCUGUCAUUUGGAAAUGUGUUUGAGUGAAGGAAUCAAGCAUUUUAUUGAAACAAGCUUAUCUGUGGAAUAUGCUAUGUUGAACCACUGGCUGAAUCCAUAUGGUGUUUUAAAAGUUUUGUUUCCUACCCCAUAGUCUGAAUGGUGACUCUUGAGCUAUCCUGAAGUAUGUUUGCACUUGUGAAAAGGACUUUAGAUCUUCAUGUCUGGUUUAAGAAAGUACAUCAUGCAAGCAUCUGUUCAUAUCUUUCCCUGGGAGUGGGAGGACUUCCUUCACAUCGCACUGGGUCCCUCAGACAGUACCACUCUGGCCCUGGCAAGGAUACAGUGGAUAUGUCAAUGUUUCCAGUUGAGAAUAUUAGGAAUUUCAGCAUAAUAGCUCAUGUUGACCAUGGCAAAAGUACUCUAGCAGACAGGCUGCUGGAGAUAACAGGAACCAUUGCUAAAACUGACCAGAAUAAACAGGUGCUGGAUAAAUUGCAAGUGGAGCGGGAAAGAGGAAUCACUGUGAAAGCCCAGACUGCCUCUCUCAUUUAUAAUCAUGAAGGAACAAAUUACCUCUUAAAUCUCAUUGAUACACCUGGCCAUGUGGAUUUCAACUAUGAAGUAUCCCGGUCUUUGUCAGCUUGUCAAGGCGUCUUGCUUGUAGUGGAUGCAAAUGAGGGUAUUCAAGCUCAGACAGUAGCAAAUUUUUAUCUUGCGUUUGAAGCACAACUCUCAAUAAUUCCAGUUAUAAAUAAGAUAGAUCUAAAGAAUGCCGAUCCUGAGAGGGUUGAAAAUCAAAUUGAAACUGUAUUUGAUAUUCCCAAAGUAAAUUGUAUUAGGAUUUCUGCUAAACUGGGAACAAAUGUUGAAAGAAUACUUCAGGAAGUGAUUGAAAGGAUCCCUCCGCCUCAGGUUAGCAUGAAAAAUCCAUUGAAGGCUUUGGUGUUUGACUCCACCUUCGAUCAGUACAGGGGUGUGAUUGCUAACAUAGCACUAUUUGGUGGGCAAGUUCAUAAAGGCCAUAAAAUAACAUCAGCUCACACAAAAAAGAUUUACGAAGUGAAUGAAGUAGGAAUUCUAACGCCCAAUGAGCAGCCAACACACAAGUUAUAUGCUGGCCAGGUUGGCUAUCUGAUUGCUGGAAUGAAAGAGGUUACAGAAGCCCAAAUAGGAGAUACAAUCUAUUUACAUAACCAACCAGUGGAUCCAUUUCCUGGGUUUAAGUCAGCAAAACCAAUGGUUUUUGCAGGAAUGUACCCAGUGGACCAGUCAGAAUAUAACAACCUGAAAAGUGCUGUAGAAAAGCUAACGCUUAAUGACUCUAGUGUUACUGUUCAUCGCGACAGUAGCCUUGCCUUGGGUGCUGGGUGGAGGUUAGGUUUCCUUGGCCUUUUGCAUAUGGAAGUUUUUAAUCAGCGUUUGGAACAAGAAUACAAUGCAUCUGUCAUUUUAACAUCGCCCACAGUUCCCUAUAAAGCAGUUCUUUCUUCAGCAAAAUUGAUAAAGGCACAUGGGACAAAGGAGAUCAUAAUCAUAAAUCCUGCUGAAUUUCCUGAUAAAUCAACAGUUCUGGAAUAUUUGGAGCCUACCGUUUUGGGCACUAUCAUAACACCUGAUGAAUAUAUUGGAAAAAUAAUAACUCUGUGCCAGACUCGAAGGGCUGUUCAGAAGGACCUGGUUUACAUUGAUGACCACAGAGUCAUGAUGAAAUAUCUCUUCCCUCUGAAUGAAAUUGUAGUAGAUUUCUAUGAUGCUCUGAAAUCCCUGUCUUCUGGAUAUGCCAGUUUUGACUAUGAAGAUGCAGGAUACCAGACCGCAGAUCUUGUCAAAAUGGAUAUUCUUUUAAAUGGGAAUCCUGUAGAAGAACUUGUAACUAUUGUACAUAAAGACAAAGCAUAUCCAGUUGGUAAAUCUUUGUGUGAACGUUUAAAAGAUGUUAUUCCAAGACAACUGUUUGAAAUAGCUAUUCAGGCAUCUAUUGGAAGCAAAAUAAUUGCAAGAGAAACGGUUAAAGCCUAUAGAAAAAAUGUCCUAGCAAAAUGUUAUGGAGGAGAUAUUUCACGGAAAAUGAAACUUUUGAAGAGGCAAGCAGAAGGAAAGAAGAAGCUGAGAAAAAUUGGGAAUAUAGAAGUGCCAAAGGAUGCAUUCAUAAGUAUUUUGAAGAGACAGCCUGACAAGUAGUUUUAAUCCUACAGAUUUUUCAGCUUUUAUAAAGUUUCAAGUUCAAUAACUGACCAGCCCUGACAAAGUGUAUUCCUUGAAUGUAUUUCCUGUCUGUAGAUACAGCUCUGAGUAUGAUCAGAAAUGUAAAUAAAUCAUUCUGACAAGUA